AUGGCCUCCACGAACUCGCCUGUCGAUGGCGGCAAAAUCCCCCUUGGCAUCGACCACAUACCGUGGCGUGUCUACUUCGCGAUUAUAGUCAAUGUCGCAGAGAGGUUCUCAUACUACGGUCUCACGGUCCCAUUUCAAAACUUUGUCCAAAACUCGUACCAGUCUGGCGACAAGGAGCGACCUGGGGUGCUUGGCCUCGGCCAGGCCGCCGCGACGGCCGUCGUCAAUGGCUACUUCUGCUUCCAGACCAUCAUGUCACUCGCCGGCGCAGUAGCGGCUGAUGGGUGGAUGGGGCGUUACAAGCUCCUGGUUAUAUGCUCCCUGACUUACAUGCUCGGAAACAUCAUCCUGGUGGCCAUAUCAACUCCAGCGGCUAUAGACUACGGUGCUGCACCGGCUGGGUUUGUCGUAUCGCUGAUACUCAUUGCCAUCGGCUCUGGGGGGUUUCAGUCUGUCGUGAGUGCUUUCAUUGGCGACCAGUACACCGGUUCAAAGCAAGCUGUGAUUACUCGAAAAGACGGGACAGUGUACAUGCCCGAUAAAGAUUUGACUCUGCAAUACAUCUACAAUUUAAAUUACUGGGGGCUUAAUCUCGGGUCGAUAUCGGGCGUUGCCACGACGUUCUUGGAGCUCCACUACGGGUUCUGGGCCGCCUUCCUCCUACCACUUUGCGGAUUAUGGAUUGCUCCGGCAGCGCUCAUCAUAGGUCGCAAAGCCUUCAUUCGGACUACCCCAAAAGAAAGCGACUUGGUGAACAAGAGCAAGGCCUUUGCACGGCUGGCGAAGCAACGGAUGAGAUCAAAACGGAACACGUCCGAGGCAGACGACAGCGCCGAGGAUGUUGAGGACAUGGAGAGCGUCCAAAAGGUUCUCGAGAUAUGCCGUGUUCUCCUGAUAUUCAUCGUGAUAUGGGUCUGUGUGGGCCAGAUGACGAGCAACUUCAUAGCCCAGGCGGGACAGAUGCAGACCAACGGCCUGCCAAACGACCUGACCUGGUUCGCCAACCCGAUCAUGGUAGUCCUUCUGAUGCCGAUCGUCCAAUGGUUCAUGACAGGCGUGACGGGGCGGUACCACAUCCCCUUCGGGCCGAUGGCGCGCAUCACCGUCGGCUGCGUCUUCCUGGCCCUGGCGAUGGCCUACCAGGCGGCCCUGCAGAAGCUCAUCUACGGCGCGGGGCCCUGCUACGAGUACCCGACGCAGUGCGCGGCCAGCGACGGCGGCGGGCCCAACGACAUCAGCGUCUGGCUGCAGCUGCCCUCCUACUUCCUCAUCGGCCUGUCCGAGGUGCUGGCCGUCUCGACGGGGUACAAGCCAUCUUCCUGCUGUCCGGGGGCGGGGGCGCUCAUCUGCCUGGCCAUCGCCCCGACGGCGCGGAACCCCGACCUCGUCGUCAUGUGGGCCUGCAUCGCCGGAACCAUGAUCCUGGCGACUGCGGUAUUUGCCGCCGUGUACUGGAACAAGGACCGGCGCAUCCGCUUGGAGGAGGAGACGCCCGUCGAUCAGGGGGUGAUCAGCCCUGCUGCCGAGACUGAGGAGAAACGAGUCCCUGACAAGGCACCACAGAAUUCAUGA